AUGACAUCUAUGCGUAUUGAAGAUGAUGAAAUGAGUUUCGCAGUGUUAACAGAUCGACCACAAGGCGUCAGUAGUAUGACCGAUGGAUCCAUCGAAAUCUGUUUACAUCGACGAACACUCAAAGGUUCAAUGCCACUCAACGAGACAGGCGAUGAUGGACGAGGGUUAGUCAUAACUGGACGUCACUAUAUACUGUUGAAUCCUCUUCAAUCGCAAUCCGAU